AAACAUGGCGGCUCGCUGACGGCCGGUUAGCGGCGCUCGGCUAACAUCUAGUUAAACGGGUUUCCUGCGGUUUAACAGCAGAUCCACGGGAGGAUCCACGGGAGGAUCCGCAGGAGGAUCCACAGGAGGCCCCGCAGGAGGCUCCACGGGAGGAUCCGCAGGAGGCCCCGCAGGAGGCUCCACGGGAGGCUCCGCUGCAGCUGCUGCCGCCGUUCGGACGGCCUGUUUCUGCGGAGCGCGACGGGUUAGCCGUGUUAGCUAGCGGGUUACCAAGGCAACGCCAGUCAGAGGAGCCGCAGAGUCUGUCCCGGCGGCCUCCAUCUGAUGUGGAUGGGAUCUGUUCCAGAGUAAUCUACCUGUCCAGCAGGUGUUGCAGGUAUGGAGCAGUACAGCAUUCUGGGCCGGAUCGGGGAGGGAGCUCAUGGCAUCGUGUUCAAAGCCAAACACAUGGAGACCGGGGAGACGGUGGCUCUGAAGAAAGUGGCUCUGCGGCGGCUGGAGGACGGCAUUCCCAACCAGGCGCUGAGGGAGAUCAAGGCCCUGCAGGAGAUCGAGGACAACCAGCAUGUGGUGAAGCUGAAGGACGUCUUCCCUCACGGGACGGGCUUCGUCCUCGUCUUCGACUUCAUGCUGUCUGACCUCUCUGAGGUCAUCAGGAACUCCGAGCGACCUCUGACCCCGGCACAGGUCAAAGGUUACAUGGUGAUGCUGCUGAAGGGCGUGGCCUUCCUGCACCACAACAACAUCAUGCACCGGGACCUGAAGCCGGCCAACCUGCUGAUCAGCUCCUCAGGUCACCUGAAGAUCGCAGACUUCGGUCUGGCCAGACUCUUCAGCCAGCAGCCAGAGAGGCUGUACAGCCACCAGGUGGCCACCAGGUGGUACAGAGCCCCAGAGCUGCUGUAUGGAGCGAGGAAGUACGACGAGGGAGUCGACCUGUGGGCGGUGGGCUGUAUAUUUGGCGAGCUGUUAAACUCCUCCCCUCUGUUCCCCGGAGAGAACGACAUCGAACAGCUGUGCUGCGUCCUCAGGGUGCUGGGGACACCCAACCAGGACGUGUGGCCGGAGAUAGUGGAGUUGCCAGAUUACAAUAAAAUCACCUUUAAGGAGAAUCCUGCGAUCCCAUUGGAGGAGAUCGUGCCUGACACCUCCCCCCAGGCCGUCCACCUGCUCUACCAGUUCCUGGUUUACCCGUCCAGACAGCGCUGCUCCGCCAGCCAGGCGCUGCUGCACCCGUUCUUCUUCUGCGCUCCUCUUCCUGCUCAUCACUCGGAGCUGCCCAUCCCUCAGAGGGGGGGUCGCCCCCCCCGCCAGCGCCUGCAGCCCCCCCCCACCGACUUCUCCGUGGACCUGCCCCUGGAGGACAGCCUGGUGGACCCCGCGCUGCUGCGGAGACACGCCUCCUGCUUCUGACACGCCCCCCGGCCGACCGGCCAAUCACAUCUGAGCAUCUCACCGGCGGGACACGCACCUGGAAGCGCCGGCUGCUCAGGUGACAUUUCUCUGACUUCACGAGCUGAUGAGGAGCACCUGAACGCAGCACCUGCCCCGCCUCCUGUCGCCUCGUCUGUCGUCCAAUCAGCUUGAGUUUUAGUCUGAGAUGCGACUCAAUAACACAGAAUAUUCAUCACAACAUGUUUACUGCACAAACUCCUCAUUAACACCUCACAACAGGUAAAAAAAAAGAUCCGCCAGUGGGAUUAAGAUGAUUCCAUUUGUGUGAGGAAUGUUAGUGGGAGUGAGUAUACAUGACA